UUCCACUUUAGAGAAUCACAUCUUACCAUCCUCAACCGACUACUUUAAUUACACCAUCAACAUCAUCAAUCUUUCGUCCGCCUUAGAAAACCUUCGAAAGGUUUAUCCAACAACUUCUUCUUUGUUUACGCAUACCUGGUGGAUUAUUUUGUGGUUUAAUAUUGUGAAAACCUUUCGUACCCGUGUCCGCCGACAACUUUGGUGCCUUUGGACUUGUUAGAGAGGACAUCCACGCUACCGAUGCCAUUAUAACCCUCUUCGCGAUUUAUUCUCCUGUCGCUGAACCGUACCGAUUCUCGCCACAGCAUCGUACAUCAAUUGUAACAGUGUUGGUUUUGUCUUCGCAAAAUCAGAUUAGAUGGUACCUUGGGUCGUUUGACCUACCAAUUGUACCUUGGGACGGCUUGUCUCAUUGAUCCGAACGCCGUACAGGUCAAUACAUCCAUUCUACCCGAAUCAACCGGCGAUUCACCUGUCGAUCGUGACAGAUAACCCAAAUCAGUUAUCGUGGCAUACCGAAAUACGAUAUUAAUAAUUUACCAGACAUGGCAGGCUAUGGUCAACCGCUCAGUCUCUCCGGGAGGAGAGCUAGUCUUUUGAACUGCGGCGAAGAGUUGUCUCUGAAUACGACGAGUGCUGGGCCUAUUAUUAUAAAUCAAAGAAUGGACAAAAUGAUUCAACAACCCCGGCCAAGAGGUCCGCCUACACCGAGUAUGAGCACACCAGCCCCAGAUUUCGACCAACAAGUUACGGGAUCUCCUCCUCCACCUCCCACGCCGGCAGCCUCGCCGGGACCGACGGAUGCGCAGCCUGAUUGGAGCGACGCUGCUGACGACGAAGAUUUCUUCCUUGCCCAAGUAAGGCAACACUUUAAGACAUGUUCGGGGCGACAGAGGAACCGGAUCCUCGCGGAUAUGUUGAAUAUGUGCACAACCCAACAACUUAGCUUCGUACAUCAAUUCGUGAGCCCCCUACUGAAAAAGGAUCCCUUCACCAGUUUGCCAGACGAAUUAUGUUUGAGGAUACUAUCAUUCAUCGAUGAUCCAAAGGUGCUUGCGCGCGCGUCGCAGGUUUCUAGACGGUGGAGGGAUCUGUUAAGCGAUGAUGUAACGUGGAAGAAUUUAUGUGUGAAACAUGAUUAUGGCCGUCGACUUUCUGAAGUCUCCUAUGGGAUCCCGCCUUAUGUGUCGGCUAGACCUGGUGCUUUACCUCUAGCUGAUCCCGAAUACAUCCACAGCUUCCCCGGAGCCCUUCCUGGUCCUUCGUUUCACGCGACUUCUCGCAGCUUUGACACUUUCGCGGAAGGUUCGUCGGCCGCCGGACGCCCCAAACUCCGAUCAUACAAGUCCCAUUUCAAGCAGAGAUAUCUCGUUGAAUCGGCAUGGAGGACCGGUGGGCGCAACACAACAAGAACAAUUACUCAGGACGGCAGAGUUGUGACCAGUUUACAUUUAACUCCGAAGUAUAUCGUUGUAGCUCUUGACAAUGCGAGAAUACACAUUUUUGACCGAGAAGGCAACGCCCUUCGCACUCUCCAGGGCCACAUUAUGGGGGUCUGGGCUAUGGUUCCGUGGGAAGAUAUUCUUGUUAGUGGUGGAUGUGAUCGUGAUGUGAGAGUAUGGGAUAUGACGUCCGGGAGAUGCCUGUACACUUUGCGUGGCCAUACAUCGACAGUCCGCUGCCUUAAGAUGUCGGACGCAAAUACAGCGAUAUCUGGCUCGCGUGAUACCACUCUACGAGUUUGGGAUAUCAGACAAGGAGUUUGCAAAAACGUUCUCGUCGGGCAUCAAGCAAGCGUAAGGUGUUUGGAAAUCAAGGGCGACAUCGUCGUCUCUGGAAGCUACGAUGCGACAGCCAAAAUAUGGAGUAUCUCUGAGGGCAGAUGUCUACACACCCUUACCGGCCACUUCAGCCAAAUAUAUGCCAUCGCAUUCGAUGGCCACAGAGUAAUCACUGGAAGUCUCGACACCAGUGUUCGUGUUUGGGACGCGCAUACGGGUGAGGCUAUUGCUGUACUCCAGGGCCAUACUUCGUUAGUAGGACAGUUGCAAUUGCGUGGCAACACUCUUGUCACGGGAGGUUCGGACGGAUCGGUCAGGGUUUGGUCCCUCGAGAAAAUGUGUCCGAUACAUCGAUUAGCGGCUCAUGACAAUAGUGUCACCAGCCUACAAUUCGAUGACACUCGUGUCGUAAGCGGUGGUAGCGAUGGUAGGGUUAAGGUCUGGGACGUAAAGACAGGCCAUCUCGUACGAGAACUCAUCACAGCCGAAUCAGUUUGGAGGGUGGUUUUCGAAGACGAGAAGUGUGUCGCAGUUGCGAACAGGGGAAGUAGAGUCAUGAUGGAGGUUUGGUCAUUCUCACCACCAGAUGACGCCUUCUGUGAGAGGCCACUCUCUCUACCUCAGAAGCUCGCCGAACCAUCGCCGACACGGCCUUUAACAGGCGAUUUCCGUCGCUCUGCGCUUGGUCUACCCAGCUCUGACGAAGAUCCUGGUAGUAGAGACGUUGACAUGAGCGACGCUGGCCCUUCAACUGCGCCACUCGUGGGGAACACAACGUUCUUUCAUGACGACUAAGACUGUUGGGUCUUGACUUAACACCCCAUAUCAUCCGUAUGAUAUAUAUCCCCUGGCCCUAUUUCCCGAUCAUCGAAGUUCUGUAUUAGAACAGUACAUGGAAGUAUUGCAUCGUCCGGGCGUUGAAGCAUGGUGGCAUUUAUGUUAGCAUCGGGUGCACCGAUUUGGGGUGCGGACGAGUGUUUAUGUUAGGUGGGGGAAGGGAGUGACCGGCGUAAAUCAUCGGAAGGCAGGUUAAUCUUUGGCUUUGGAAGGCAAGUUUGAGAACAAUGAGAACACAGGGUUGAUUGAAUCUUGGCUUCAAGAGGCGCUACAGACUGGGAAACGAGAGACAGGCGUCUAUCGAUUCCCAGCUCGACUUUGUAGGAAGGUAUUUGUCAGGUUGCAUGGAUGGUGUAUUAUUGAAGCCUCAUUAGCUAGCAAGGAACCACAUCUGUAUAUUCUGAGACGGAAUGUCAAUAGGCAUUCCGAGCGUUGAUAUUGUAGGCCGACUCUGGGUAGAUACCAGGGACGAGUCGGACCGCUAGUCAAUCCGAGUUGUUUUGUUAAAUAUCCAUGGAUAUAUAUUCGGCAAUAUUGAGUAGUACUAGUGAUUCUAUAUCUAGCUCCUUUUUGGCAUUAGUUAUGGGAUAUGGUUAUAUACGUUGAAA